AUGCCCAACGGAUACAGCUACAACAGUCAUGGCACCAAUAGCCAGGGCAACCACUACUGCUCCCGUGACUACGGCAACGGAUCCAACUCGUACCACUACUCCAACUCUAACGGAUCCUACUACUACUCCAACCCCAAUGGGAGCACAUAUUACAACAGUGGCUCCGGUUAUUCCAACUACACCUCGCCCAGUGGUAACUCCUACUCGAGCUCGGGCUCUGGCUCUUCCGGUUCCGGCUCUGGCUCUUCUGGAAAGUCCAAGUGA